CACACACGUGUAAAUGCACUCUCAUCUCUAAUAUUGUCAAAACAUUGCAAGCAACGGAACUAACCGGAAAGCGGGUUGAUAAAAUAGCAAAUGAAAUAGCAAAAAAAAAUAAAAAGGAAUAAGCAUGAUAAUACCAAUUCGCUGCUUCACCUGUGGCAAAGUCAUUGGCAAUAAAUGGGAGUCCUAUCUGGGUCUCCUCCAAGCCGAAUAUACAGAAGGUGACGCUCUCGACGCCCUGGGUCUAAAGCGCUACUGCUGCCGACGCAUGUUGCUUGGGCACGUUGAUCUGAUCGAGAAGCUGCUUAACUAUGCUCCGCUCGAGAAAUAAACUUGACAUACAAAUAUAACGAUGUAGGACUUUGAUAUAGAAACGCUAUAUUUAAUUGCUAAAAACAACCAAAAUAAACAUUAAAAAUCAAGCUGCAACUUCUA